AUCUUUUUUUGAUAUGUUGGACGUAGUAUACGAGUAAAAUAUUAAAACAUAUCAUAGUUUCUGAACAAGGCAUAUGCGCCUUGCCACAUCCAAAAAUAUUUCCAUUAAGUCAAAAAAACCUAUUCGCAAAAUUGACAAACGGUCCAAAUUUAUAUGUUGCAUUAUAUUUCACAAUAAUUGUAAAUUUUAAUUAGUCAUAGUUCCAGUUACUAUAUUCUUAUCAAUAUUCCGAGCGUAACACCGUGACGUUACCAUUUACUGCAUACGCUUAAUCCAGCAGCGCGAUUACGGUAGCGCCGAGACUGUUUGAACAGUUGUAUUAAAAAUAUUAUUGUUAUCGUUAUUUACGUCAUUGUAAAUAAUUUGGCAGUGUUCCCUUGUUGUGUUACGUUUUUGUUGACUCACAAGCGCUUGAAUCGCCGAGCUAGUGACUGGGGACCGCUUCGACCUUGAACCUACAACAGCUGUUUCGAGCAUGGACUCUUUCUUCAGCCUGUUCGAUCCGUCGGACGGCAACCAGAACAAGACCAAGAGGAAACAGCAGAACAAACCCGACCAGGACAAUGUUAAGAAGAAAGUAGACCCGCCUAAGGGCAGGAGAAGAGGCAGGAAGGCACAAGGCAAGAACGAAACGCUCCCCGAAGAAUCCUCAUUCCUCUGCGAGCCCGAGCUGAGUGAGGAGCUGCUCAUGAAGGGCGGCAGCUACUUCGAGAGCUACAUCGAGCUCAAGAAGGAAGACCCUAAAGCGGACGACAAGAAGCCGAAGCGACGCAACUCGGGCCGCAAGAAUCGCAGGCGGAAAAAGGUGUCGCCCACCAAAGACGAGCAAGCGUGGAACAACACGACGUCCGUGCCGCCCGCGUGCGCCGACGUCGGCAAGAACGUGAACGACCUGCGCGACUACAGCGGCGGCGUGCACGGUGUCAUCGACAAACUGGAGAAGGUGAUACUCAAGGAUGACACGUACCUGGCGGGCGAGUUCAACGCCGAGGACCUCCACAACGAGGCGUGGUACAGCUCCGACGACUUCGACGAGAGCCUUGAUGACGACACUAAUUCGGAGUCGGAUGACAGCGGGGGCGGAGCGCACGGGAGCCUGCCCCCGGAGCCGCGCUUCGGCAACGUGGAGUACAAGCUGCAGCUCGUGGCGCCCUGCGAGCGCCGCUUCCAGCAUCUCGUCACGCAGCUAAAGUGGCGCCUCCGUUCCGGCGGUGGCGCGGCGGUGUACCUGGUGGGCGUGCGCGACUGCGGUGCCCUGCGCGGGCUGCGCGCGCGCGCCCUGCGCGGCUCGCUGCACACGCUGCGCCGCAUGGCCGCCGCGCUCGGCGCCACCCUGCACCACGUCACCGCGCGCAGGGUCCAGCAGCACCGCGCCGUGGCCGAGGUCUACAUCAGGAAGUUAGCAGAUACACAGCAGAGUGUGGAGCUUCGAGUAGCUGUGAUGGGCGCCAACGAGGCAGGCAAAUCUACACUAAUAGGAGUCCUUACUCAAGGUGAACUCGACAACGGGCGGGGCAGCGCGCGCCUUAACAUGUUCCGACAUCUACACGAAGUGAAAAGUGGCCGGACAUCGUCACUGAGCCACGAGAUACUCGGCUUCGAUGCUCAGGGAAACGUGGUCAACUACGGCUGCUCCGAACUAAUGACAGCGGAAAGAAUAGGAGAGCGGAGCGCCAAGCUCGUGUCGUUCCUCGACCUCGCCGGGCACAGCAAGUACCAGCGCACCACGCUGCACGGCCUGACGGGGUACUGCCCGCACUACGCCAUGCUCGUGAUAUCAGCGACGGCCGGCAUCACCCGCAUCACGGAGGAGCACAUAGGGCUGCUGCUGGCGCUGGCGCUGCCGUUCUUCUGCGUCGUCAGCAAGUGCGAGCUGGCGGCGCUGCAGCCUCUGCUGACGCGGCUGCAGGACAUACUGGCCGCGCACAAUAAGAAACCACUUUUGAUCACGGACGAGAACAUGGCGCGCAACUGCGUGGGGCCGCAGAAGCUGAUCCUCGACACUAUUGACGGCAUCGACGACCCGGACGACAACGACGAUGAGCCGCCGCCGGAGCAGGUGGCCGUGUUCCCGGUGAGCUGCGUGCGCGGCGCGGGGCUCAGCGCGCUGCACGCCUACCUGCUGGCGCUGCAGCCGCCCGCCGCCGGCCCGCCCGCGCCCGACCACGAGACUUGCGAGUUCCAAAUCGACGAGAUCUUCCACGUGGGCGACUCGCUGGGGCCCGUGGUGGGCGGGCUGCUGGCGCGGGGCACGCUGUACGAGGGAGACAACCUCAUCAUAGGCCCCUUGGACACGGGCGAGUUCGUGCCCAUCUCCGUGAAGAGCAUCUACCGCAACCGCGUGCCGUGCGGCCAGGUGCGCGCCGGGCAGUCGGCCUCGCUCGGCCUCGCGGGCCUCACGCCCGGCCUGCGGCCCGGCAUGGUGCUGCUCGCCGCGCCCGAGCCCAGGCGAGGCCAGAGGCCCAGCUUCGGGGGGUGCCCGCCGGGGAAGUGUAAAAAGAGUAAGGUCAACGAGAUCCUCCAGAGCCAGCCGAAGCAUAAGAAACAUAAAAACCGUAACGUCUACCAGGAACUAGCUAACGCGGAGCAGUCCCUCACGAAGGACGCGUCCUACACGCAGAACAUAUACGUGUCCGACGAGGACGCUAUGUCCUACACGCAGAACAUAUACGUGUCCGACGAGGACACGUGCGCGUGCCGCGACGAGGUGCUGCUCGAGGACCCGAGCGACCCGCGGGGCUGCAUGUACUUCCAGGCCACCAUACACGUGCUGCGACACUCGACAGCGAUCUCGCCCGGCUUCCAGUGCACCGUGCACGUCGGCAACGUGCGACAGACCGCCAUCAUCGAGGGCAUAAUGUCGCACGACGCGUCGCUCCGCUGCGGCGAGUCUGCGCCGGCGCUGUUCCGCUUCCUGCGCUGCCCGGAGCACCUCGUGCGCGGGCGCAGGCUGCUGCUGGCGGCCGGCGGCGGCACCAGGGCCAUCGGUCGCGUCACGCAGAUCUUCCCUACGUACCGUGAACAACAUUACUCCUUAUUCGGAAUUAAUUUAAAUGGUUUACAAAUAUAACCAUUAUUAUUAUUGUGACACUUAAAUUAUCUCAGUUUUGUUACUAGUAAGAACAUUAAAAGACCUGUGCACACCGGAUGCGCGUGGCAGACGUCCACUUGCGCGUUGAAGUAUACAGUUCUGUAUAAGAGACGGCACACCGCUUGCGGCUACGCUCACGCAGCCUGCGUCCACUGGCCUUAAACUUUUAAUAAUGAAACUUAGAGUAGGUAAACUACCGUAUUUUCGACACCUUACCAAUGGUAGGUUCCUUUAACGUAGUCAGUUUUGAGGAAACAGUGCUUAUGGUGACUUUCCUUUAAAAUUGUUGCCACUUAUUAUUCAUUUUCAAUGACAAUUUUUUUUUUUUUUCAUACAUGGAAGCUUUAAACAUUUCUAUUAUAGAAAUACAAAGCCAAUUACAGGUUCUCACUUAUUAAGUAAUUUACACGAUAAUAUAGAAUAUUUUAAUACAUAGUUUAUUCAAUCAUGCUGACGGACUAGACUGAGACAGUAUAGGUAUUGCUAUCUCAUUCUAACAGAUAGAUGUUAAGGUUAUAGGUAUUUGGCGAUCCUGUCAUGGCCUAGACACGAACUAAGUACUUAUGUUUAAUGUAUUCAAACAGUAUAAUUGUCAACAGUUGUGUUUUAAGAACUAGUUAGAGUCAGACCAAGCUAAGUUGGCAGCGAUUUUAAACGUCAGACUUCUAUGAAAUGACGUUUACUUAACACUUGCACCGUCUGGGCUGUCAAAAUCGCUGCCAACUUAGCUUGGUCUGACUCUAGUUGUUCAUUAAAUGCGAACAUUGAUUGCAAUAUUAGUUUAAGUGACUGUCUCAUCUCAAACAUGGUCAUAGAUAAUCAUACUGUCUUCUGUCUUGUAGUAUUUGCACCCAAAAGAAAGGGAUGAGUAUAGUUUUUUUGUUAUUUACUGACAAGUUGGGUUUGCCAGACUAAUAACCCAGUGAGACUCGAAAUAUAAAGACAAAAACACUUGAUAACAUGAAGAUUACGUGAUUAUUCGCUAAAUUAGUUAAUUUGGCAUUUGAGCUGUAUUUUUGCCACUUUUAUAUGUGACCUUUUUUGCCACUUUUCUGUUAUUUCUAGUUAGGAUCGCGAGCCCUUUUCAUCCUUAUAGUAGAAAAAGUGUACCAAAAUUUCCAUACAUCUUUCAAACUUUCCAUUUUGUUACCGCCAUACAAAGUAUAUGGGGAAAUAGUAACACAACAGGAAAAAAAACACUGAGAUUUUUUUUAUUCAAUCAGGUUCGAAAGAGCUCGUAAUUUUGAGUAGAAAAAACACAAAAUUUAUGAAGAAAUACAAAAUUAAUGAAUGUGGCAUUUUUUAAGAAACGAUCAUUUAGAUUAUAUUAAAAAAAGUAAAACAAUAAUUAACAUUUAAUUUGCUUAAUAAUGUGACACAAUGCUUAAGUUGCUAGCUUAUAAACGUUAUAAAUACUCGUGACUUACAUGACUUCAUGAAAAUGCUGUUAGAGGCGGAUUAUGGAACUCAGAGCGUAGAUGGAGUUCUACGUACCGUCCAAGGUAUAGAUUUAUUUUAGAUCGACAAUCGAAGAGAAUUUAAGAUUAUUUGUUUGAUUUAAUGGAAACCUGAUUAGUGAUUAUAUUAUAAGUAGUAAAAAAAAUUUUUUUGAAUCUUUAGUUUUUGUGCAUAACAAAAGUACAUAACUCAUUAUAUUAAUGUUAUUUAAGUAGAUUUUAUAAUGUUUGCUUUUAGGUUAAAAUGUGGCUUUCCAUGAGAGAAGGGUCCUUGUGUUUGAUAUGCAGAAGGACCUUUUCAUCAGAAAAGCAUCAAGGUUCUUUAUGGAGAGCCACAAAUACGUUUAAUUUGCUAUUGUACUUUCCUUAACUAUAAGCGCGUUUUGUCAAUUUGAAAGAGCAGUAUUUUAAAUGUAUUCGGGUAGUUCAGUCAGCAUCAAAAGUAGCGGAUCAAAUAACGCUUCAUAAGUAUCUACAUUCUGUAACAGAUUAGUAAAAAGUCAUGUCUUUAAUAUAGAACAACUGGAACUAUAUAAUACCUUUGAACGCGAAUUUUAGAAAUUUAUCUAUUUUUUGACAAGUUACCCGGAAUAUCAGAUACUUUUGGCGCGUUGUUUCAUCCGCUACUUUUGAUGCUGACUGUACAAUAUAAAAUUGUAAUAUUACAAUAUAGAUAGACUGACUGUGGAGACUUCCUAGGGGAGACUUGGUCGCCUAAAUUAUAAAUGUAACUAAACGAUAAGGAACCAAUCACAACGCAGUAGAGUUAGCGCUAUUUUAGAUCUAUUAUAAAUUUAAUAUAAUUGUAUAAUUUCGGGGACCAUUUUUCCCCUAGGUAUCAAUUUUCUCCAGUCUCCCCUAUAAUAUAUGGUAGUUUCCAUAAACAUUUUUAUACAUUUAAUUGAAUUUCAUAUUUUAUAUUAAGAGUCCGUAACAAGCUCGGUUCUCCAUACAAACGUAGUGACGCUCUCAUUCUAAAACGACUAGUAGAUUGCUCUGAAACUUUGUACUUACAAUAGGAUAAGGUAUAUCUAGUCCUGUAAUUAAUUUAUGCAGCUUCAGAUACCGUAGUUUUUUUUUUAUUUUAUGUAAUAGGCUGCAAACGAGCAGACGAGCCGCCUGAUGGGAAGCAGUCAUCGCCGCCCAUGGACAUAAGCAACAUCGGAGGAGCCACUUAUGCGUUGCCAACCUUUGAGAACCCUAAAAACCUGCUUCUUGAAGAACCCCAUGUCAUUUAAAACACGUAGUUAAAAAAAACAGCGAAUUUUUUCAUACAAAACUUGUUUUUGCUCUAUUUCAUUUGUCUUAUAAGCUGUAGCCAUAUAAACUAGUUACAGGCAUAGAUAUAGCUCAUGUCAUUGUAUGUGCAAAGAUUCAUUAUAAUCCAACACGUAGUUUUAAAAUGAAAACGAAACUCCGUUUGUAUGGGAAGGUGAAAUUCUGUCUAAACAGACAACUGAAGAUCUUUACUGAUUUUUUAAAAUUGAUAAUUCUUAAUUAAUCAUUAGAAUCUUUAUGCUAUUACAAAUAUUUUUUAAAUCGUGUAAUUAUAAUUUUUAGUUAUAAAAAGUUCGAUGCUUGAAUUUAUUAGAAGAAUAGUUUUUUUCUAGUCCCUAGGUAGUUUUCUUGUUUUAACCUUUUGACUGUGAUGUGUGGCUGUGGUGAGAAGGUUAAAAUUGAUUUUGCGCACUAGAAUACUUAUUUCAAUCUAUCUUUAUAUUUAUAGUGAAAUAAUUGACUUACAUGUGUCAAUCUAGGCAAAGGUCCCAUUUUGUCGCUUGCCAUAAGGACGAGAUUUGCUUGUAUCUUUAUACGAAUAACCUGUCAAGGCGUCCUUACGGCAAGCGACAUAAUGGGACGUUUUGCCGGCCGCGGACACAUAUAUUUGCAUACAUUUUAAUAUACAUACGCGUUUGAACGGAUUUUUUUUAACAGGUUCAAAUUCCCGGUUUUAAAAUCGCCUAGUGAAUAAAUGUGACGUUGUUUUGUUAGGUCAUAGAGAAAUAAGAAGCAAGCAUAGAGUGCUCACUCCCCUACAUCAGUGUUUGUACCAAAACGCUUAUUUUCGUAGUCGACAUUUAGCAUCGAGUAGCGGAACUAUCAGUACCGCUACUUGACAAUAGAUGUCUCAAGUGUCGCGACUGACGAUAAUUCAAUUCAAUUUAAAAAAAAUUGCUGACUACAUGCCCAUAUAUAAGAUCACAAAAAAUAAUAACAAAUUCAAAUAAAAAUUAAUGUCAACGACUAAAAAAUAAAAAUAGAUUACAAUAAAAUUAUUGUAUUUCUCAACAAUUUACAACUAAUAUUACAAGCAGGAGUUGAAAAUAAAGUUCCGAUUAAUCCGGUAUAUUAGUCCGGUAUAUCCGGUAAAUUGUUGUCGUUUGUUGCGACAUCUAUUGUCAACUAGCAGUACUGAGAGUUCCGCUACUCGAUGGUAGAUGUCGACUACGAAAAUAAUAAGCGUUUUGGUAACAAAACUGAUGUAUGGAGUGAGCACUCUAUGUUUACUUAUUUCUCUAUUAUUAGAUUUAGCUACCACUUUGACAUAAUAGGUGAUUCAUUCUUUUUUGUUACAUCUAUAUCUGUACUAACACAUAUUUAUAAUUUUAACUGACAAAUUAGGUACUUUUUGCUUAAAACGAGAAGUAAAAAAGCUUUUCUAUUCGUUA